CCAGCAGAGGGCAGAGUAACACCAGCAGAAACCAAGGUGAUUGGAGAGAGGGCUGAAUCCUCAGGUAAACUGAGAGACACUGCCUUUUCGGUGAAGCUGGUGUCCCAUGCUCACCUCCCUUUUUAUUUUUCUCUUUCUCUGUCCCUCCCUCCGUCUAGGCAUAGUGCCAGUGUGUGAGGAACCUCUGUUUAUGAAGCUGUGCUCCUCCUCGCCCCACCGUCGUACUGCAGCUCUGGUUCUUAAUGUCAACCCAGUUAUCCAUGGAGGACUCGUCCUCCUCUCUGGCCUCGCGCUCCGUCGCUCCGUCGCUCCGCUCCAAACACCACAACACCCUCCUCAUCGGCCUCUCCACCGGCCAGUUUGACGCCAACAACCCCAAGGUGAAUAACAACACUUCUCCUCAUGGAGACUGGGGAUAAUAACUAAAGAGAAUGGAUGGAUGUGGAAUUAUAAAGGAAAUAUUAUGAAUAAAGAAGUAAUAACAUUCUCAUAAUCACACUAAUAUAGUAACCCUGUCCCUGAACAUCCUCCUAUAAUAGUACACAAUCACAACACAAGUAACGAGCACAUUUCUUCUAUAAAAUGAAAUGGUUAAUUUCUAUCAGCCAGUAUCAUAUAUCAAUCACAAUUACAUUUUAGUCAUUUAGCAGACGCUCUUAUCCAGAGCGACUAGGGUUCAGUGCCUUGCUCAAGGGCACAUCGACAGAUGUUUCACUUAGUCAGCUUGGGGAUUUGAACCAGCAACCUUUCGGUUACUGGCCCAAUGCUUUUAACCACUAGGCUACUUGCCACUCCCGUAAGUAUGUAGCCUUGAACAAGCCUUAACUUGUGCGAGCCGGAAUGUCUCGUAGGAUCAGUCUCCUGUUUCGGUAGCGUGAGGCAGCUUGAUGUACAAGUAUACCCUCUGGACGCUAGUCUAUCGCAGGGCCUUCCAUUCAUAUGAGAUCUAUUAUUCUGUCCUCUACAGUAAUGUGAUGCACAGCUGUGGUAGAUGUUCAGAAAAUGUACUCGAACCCUUCUGCCUGUGCCUGGUGAAAUGUGGGGGUUCUGUGGUAUUUUUAGGCUCUGAUUCAAUCGUUAUUAAUGAAGGGCUCUGGAAUGGAGCCAGUCCUAUUAAUCACAUGGUCUGGAAGAGAGCCUGACGGGAGAGAGAGGACAAUUAUCUUUCAUAACCUCUACCAGGGAGAGAGGCCCAAGUUCCCUGUUAUUUUUGUAGGGACUGUGUAUGUCUGUGCAGAGUUCCAACUUUGAGCUGUGUGUGUGCGCGCUCAGGUCUAGGUCUGAGCCCUGCAUGUGUGUUUUCAGUGAUGGCUCUCCCUGGACACAGCGUUAUUAAUGACAUUCUUCCACAUCCCUAAUGUGUCAUCAUACCAGAGCCACUCCACCUGCCUGCCUCACGCACGCACGUACGCACACACACUCACAUGCACACCCACCCAUGUCCUCAAACAUACUCCAACUGACACCUCACACUGACACAUUUAACUGGCCCAAGGUUAAAGGCAUUUUUCACAUAUUACAAUUGUAUUCGGUUUCUUAAGCUUCUGGGCACCUGACCUGGCUGCACUACAACUUAUUUAAGGCAACAAAACUAAUCCUGGUGCAAACCUUUGAGUUAUGAAAGUCAUGAGCUGGCGCUAAGAAUUUGCAUGUGUGAUAUUUAGUUAGUCACGGUGGGUGUAUGGGAGUGUGACUGGCAGGCUGUGUGGUGUGUGUCCUCAGAUGCUGCGGACCUGUUCUCUCCCAGACCUCAGCAGACUGUUCAGCUCUUUGCAGGAGGGGCCAACAGGGCUGUUGCCCCCGACGACAACAACAACCUGGAGAUAGAGGACAUGGAGGCAGAACAAUCAGAGACUGAGGAGUAAGACACUCACACACUUGCACUACACACACACAAACACAGGGAGUAUAUGUUUGAUAGAUAGAAACUUAAGUUCACUUCUUUGUGUCAUGAGGAACAUGCUUUGUGCAGUAUGAAAACAUGUAUAUAGUGAAGUUGUGCUGUGAGUAAUAUGAGCUGUGUUCUCUCAGUGUGUAUCCGGAUGAUGACCUGAGGGAGCUAAGGGCCUCCAUGGAGAGACUCCUGCAGGAGGAGCGCAGUGAGGAAGAGAAGAGGGGUGAUGAAGACAAGGGGGGCUCUGGCUCUAACGGGAGCCCUCCAGAGGAAGAGGGAGGAGAUUGCUUCAAUGGCAACCCUGCUGAGGAUGAUGAUGAUGAAGAUUCUGCUGAGGUAGAGGAGCUGAACGGGAUGGCUGUGGAUGAGGAGGGUUCUAAUGGGAGUCCAGGUGAUGAAGAGGCAGGACACACACUCCCUAACGGACUGGAGGAAGAGGAGCACCACAACAGUGAGAGCCAGCUCAAUGAAGAAUGGCAAUCAGGUACAUUAGUAAUCCUUUAAUCCACAUGCACAAUAGUUCCAAUGCAUGCAGCCAGAAGCAGAUUGUCAAUAGGAUUGUGUGUGUGAACACCAGAUGACAAUGGUGAGGAGGAGGAGGAUGUUGAAGCUGAACAGCAGGACAGAAUCUACAGCCGUCUGGAGGAGCUGUGUUUUAACCUGGAGCAGGAGAUAGGCUUUGAGAACUUUAUAGAGGCCUACAAUAAGAUCAAGGUAUAGAUGGGACCUGCUUACCCUCUACCCUCCUGGUGUAAUUUAUGAUCUAUCGUACAGCAAUUACGGAUGGUAAUUGAAUAUGUAAUUGUACCAUUAAAGGCAAUUCAUGAAGAUGAGAACAUCGACAUGGGCCCCGAC